AUGAAGCAAAACUCCUCCCUCAUUUCACAAAAGGCCAUAACUCAUCAGCCCAUCGUCGAUCAUCUUCCCUGAGGCUUUCCCCAGAACAAGCUCAAGCCGGUCAGCAUGAGUACAAUGACAAGGACACGGAGACCCCACACUAGGAGUAAGACCGGGUGUUUGACUUGUCGAAAGCGUCGCGUGCGCUGCGAUGGUGGAAAACCAACCUGUACCCGAUGUGUAGGUGCAGGGCGGAUAUGCGAGUUUGCUGAUCCUAGCAUCCCACUUCGAGACCGCAAAGCCAUCUGUCUUCCUGGCGAACAGCAACCCUGGAUUAUAAACCAGGACGUACCUCCAGUGACUCUAAUUGCUGAUUCCCUGUUUGGGAAGUCAGUGGAGCCUUUCGACUGUUUAGGAUUGGAUAUGACUCUCCGCUCCAGAGAAUUACUUCACUAUUUUCAUCAUAGCCACGACAGUGCCGAUUUGGUACUUAGUAAAGCCUCGAGAAAUAUCUUUUCUUCUGUCGCUCAGCAUCCCGAUGCCCUGAGGGAUACCCUUCUUGUGGCAGGCCUGCACUACGCAUGGACUGUCGGUGAUCUGGAAACAUACAAAGCAACAUUCUUGUUCCACAAAGUCUCAACGAUACAAGUCUUGAACCGAUGGCUGCAGAACAUACACCAGCCAGGGUUGAUGACCUUCAUUCGACAUGUUUCAAUUCUCUGCUUCAUCGAGGCGUCGUAUGGUAACGUACGCGAUACAGAAGCUCAUAUUAAUGGCCUUAUCGACGCUGUUCACCUUCUCAGUCCAUUAGAUGAUGACUUUGGCAAUCGGGCGGAACUUGAAGAAGAGCUUGCCAAUCGCUAUCUCUUGCUCACGUAUUAUGCCUAUCAAGGCUUUAAGGCCAGGAUAUUGGGAAGCGAAUCUUUGCAGAACCUAUUCCGUCAGAACAACACCGCAGAGUUCUCCACGUUCGUGUCACAGAUUUAUCUCUGGAAGACUCAGAAUAUCGGUCAUCUCGAAAUGCGCCUCAACGCCAUGAAGCUGUUACCAUUCUUCUUCGCAGCCCUUCCCUCGUCAACACAAUUCCAUAAUAUUGACGCAUCUCCUCUCGUAGACUGUCUUAAACAUGUUACUACUUCAACGCAGACAGUCAGGGAAGACCGUUAUAAAUGCGAUCCAAGCUGGGAAUGGAUCGAGGGAUCAGACUCUCGACUUCUUUGCGCUACUAUUGGCUCCCAUUUCUCAUCUCUCUUCCACGAUGACAUGUUUUCAUCAGCACAUUCCUCUAAAUAUAGCAUUUCUUGGUCCGGUAUGUGCGCUGCCUCGAGCUUGUAUAUGCACAGCGUCCUGGAGCUCUGGAACGGUGGCGAGCCCAUGGACGCUCGUCUCUUCCGAAGAUUUCUUUCGAUUUUAAAUCGAGAUCUCAGCCAAACGUUUAGCACAUUGGGACUUAACGACUCGACGGACUUUUGGUUUUGGAGAGCGUUCUUGGGAGCGUAUAGCAUUGCUAAACAGCAAGCGCAUGGGCGUGACCCGUUUCUGGAUGACCAUCAAAGAGCUUUCGCUGGCUAUGUUGAGGCUUGGAAGAGUGUUACUAGCUUGACACUUUGGGAAGAAGCGCAUGCCUCUUUGGUGUCAACCGCAUGGCCUGCUAUUAUGAAUUAUGAGACAGGGCGAAGUGUUUGGAUAAGUGCAAUCGAGUAUACAACAAGUUAAGGAUUUAAGUUGUAGCUGCUUUAAAGCUGUACAGUAUUGUAUGACUAAAUCACAACUCAAAUUUUGUUGGAGCGGUC